UUUUACAAAUCCCAAAGUUGCCUGAAACAAGGAGAAGGCAGCACUAACCAAACAUAACAGAAGAAGAAAAAGACGCCAGUUGAUGCAGACGGAACGUUUGCCUUGGACUACAUUUUCUACCCGGACACUUUUGGAGAACCGACUAAAAGCGAGAGCCUGGCGAAAUGGAAGUGAAAAAUUCUAACUCUGCUAUGCUCAGUAACUAUGAGGUGUUCAAACUCCUGACAGACCUGAAGGAACAGAGGAAGGACAGCGGGAAGAACAAGCACAGCACCGGGCAGCAAAACUUAAACACCAUCAUGUAUGAGACGCUGAAGUACCUGUCGAAGACGCCCUGCAGCAGACAGAGUCCAGAGAUCGUCAAAGAGUUCCUCACCACCAUGAUGCCUCACAAACUCACAAAGGCUGAGAAACUGCAGCUACUGAACCACCGGCCGCAGACAGCAGUGGAAAUUCAGCUUAUGGUAGAAGAGAGUGAGGAGCGUUUAUCGGAGGAGCAGAUUGAGGAGCUCAUCCAGACAGUCGCAGACAUCCUACCCGGUGACCCUGAGCAGGAAAACGCAGCUCCAGCAGAAGCAGAGAUGGACGAAGGCGGUGAGCAGUCGUGACCCAGUGACAGGCCAGUAAUGACCCACAGAUGAAGAACAAAAUUGUUACAGAAGUGGACUAGUUGCUUUUACCUGAGCCGUUUUGCAUCACUGCUUGAACUGAACAACAUGCUGACAGAAAAAGGAUGCACAAUGGCUGCCUGGCCGUGGCUGAGAGGACCUCAUUACUGGAAGAAAACAAGCAUGCUAGGAUUUACAUUUAUGUUUGUAGAUACAGUUGGAUUCAGAUCAAACAUGCGCACACCUUCAUAAGUACAGGUUUUUGAACAGUGAGUCACUUGUUUUGCAUCUGAGUCGUCUAAUUUGUAUUUCACAUCAGAUAAUGUUCAUGCAGAGACAGUCUGCUAUUAACCUGUUAUGUUUUUGGUUUCUGACUUAAUGUUAGUCACCAGUUUCUACCAUGGUGAUUUAUGAUUUCCAAAGCUGUAAUAUAUUUCAGUAAUGCAAUUAAACUUGCAUUGGUCAGACAGUAUUAUUAGAGUGGCUGUGUAACACAAAGAGAGACUGUAAGAACCAACAUUGUUGUCUCUUAUUCAUGUGUUCAAAGUGUUAUCUUUUUCAAAACGUGCUGACCCUUUUUCCUGUGUAACAAAAUGAAAAUUAACUGCUGAAAUGUCGCUUUUUGUCACUUUGAAUGACACAGUCAGCGGUUAACACGUUGUCAUUUCAUAAAAGGCUGCAGACGUUCUCUGUUUGUCACAAAAAUUAACAUAUGAAAUAGGGACUUCUGGUUCUUUUGUGGUGCAGUGUGACGGACUGUGAAGUACUGGUGCUAAAUUAUGACUAUGAUCUGAAACUGCAGAAAACAUCUUCAGUGUCUCUUUUCUCUGCGCCAUACAGUAGUAACGAACAUCCUAAUGACCAAUGUCCAUGUCGAUUAAAUUGAAAUUAAAAUUUA